GCCAGCGCCAUGCUCAGCACCCAAGAGCGCAUCCAGGUGGCGCAGGUCUGGGACCUGAUCGCUGGCCACGAGGCGUCCUUUGGGGCGGAGCUACUGCUCAGACUCUUCACCGUCUACCCCAGCACCAAGAGCUACUUCAAGCACCUGGGCUUCUGCCCUGACGAGACUCAGCUGCUGACCCACGGACAACGCAUGCUCGAGGCAGUGGGCGUGGCCGUGCAGCACAUGGACAACCUGCGCGCGGCGCUGAGCCCGCUCGCCGACCUGCACGCGCAAGUGCUACGCGUGGACCCCUCCAACUUCCCUCUGCUGAUCCAGUGUUUCCAGGUGGUGCUGGCCUCCCACCUGCAGGGCGAGUUCACCGUAGAGAUGCAGGCGGCAUGGGAUAAGUUCUUGACCGGCGUGGCGGUGGUGCUGACCGAGAAGUACCGCUGAGUCCCCUGCCCCGCCGGCUUAGAUCUCUGUAUGUCAAUAAACAGGCC